AGGUACCUACCCAUUAAGAUUUCCAAGAGAAUUUAGUAGUAACGAAGAGAAACCGAGAGAGAGAGAUCGUAAAAGGACACUAUUGGUCUUUCGUCUUCUAUGUUUAGCUGUAUCUCCCAGCAGAAACCUUGUCUGCAUUGAUAAUUAUCAAGCUUUUGUUUUGCAGGUUUGGUUUUGGAAGAAGAAGAUGAAGAGGAGGGUAGGUGAGAUCGUAAGGAAACAAGUUUUCUUGCUGUGGUGGUUUGGAAUGACUGUGCAGUUCUGCUUCUUGUUGGGUGCUUCUCUCUCUUAUGACACCACCUCAUUCAGCAGAAGAGAGUUGAAGGGGAUAAACACUUCAAAACCCAGACCUUCAAUUUCUGCAGUUAAGCUUAAUACAGAAGAUCAUGGCCACGUGGUGAUUGAGAAUGGCAUUGUUCAAAUCACUCUGUCCAGCCCCGAGGGGUAUAUUCUUGGCAUAUCAUAUGAUGGAAUCGACAAUGUACUAGAAUCUCGAAACGAAGAACAAGACAGAGGGUAUUUUGAUGUGGUCUGGAAUAAGCCUGGGAACAGCAGCACUUUUCAGAGAAUCCAUGGGACCGAAUUUUCAGUUGUAUCAUUGGACGAAAACCAAGUGGAGAUUUCCUUUGUAAGAACAUGGACGCCCUCCCUGGAAGGCUCGAAUGUCCCCAUAAACAUAGACCAAAGGUAUGUAUUGCGAAGAGGCGAUUCUGGGUUUUACUCUUACACAAUAUUUGAACGCCCAGAAGGAUUUCCUGCAGUGGAGGUUGAUCAAAUCAGGAAUGUUUUCAAGCUCCAGGAAGAAAGGUUCGUCUACAUGGCUAUAUCAGACACUAGGCAAAGAUACAUGCCAACCAUGAAAGACAGAGAAACAGGACAACCUCUGGCUUAUCCUGAAGCAGUUCUCUUAACCAAUCCAUCUAAUGAAAACUUUAGAGGAGAGGUGGACGACAAAUAUCAAUACUCUUGUGAGAAUAAAGACAACAAAGUGCAUGGUUGGAUUAGCGUUGAUGCUGAAGCACCCGUGGGCUUUUGGGUAAUAACACCCAGUAACGAGUUUCGCAAUGCUGGGCCCAUCAAGCAAGACCUUACCUCUCACGUGGGCCCAUUUGCCCUCUCUAUGUUUGUGAGCACUCACUAUGCUGGGAAGGAGGUAACUAUGGAAUUUCAAGAAGGAGAGACUUACAGGAAGGUUUUCGGCCCCAUUUUUGUGUAUCUGAACUCUGUUUCAAGCUCUGAGAAUCCACUAACACUCUGGACAGAUGCCACACAACAAAUGUCUAAGGAAGUCAAAAGUUGGCCUUAUGAUUUCCCAAGAUCACAAGCUUACAUUCCACCUACCCAACGUGGAAGCGUGGCUGGAAGAUUACUGGUUCAAGAUUGGUAUAUCAGAGGAGGCAGAUUUCUAUAUGCUGACUCUGCAUAUGUUGGUCUGGCUCUUCCUGGUGCUGCAGGAUCAUGGCAAAGAGAAAGCAAGGGUUAUCAAUUUUGGACCCAAGCGAACAAGAAGGGCUAUUUUGUGAUAAACAAUGUUGUUCCCGGUGAGUAUAACUUGUUUGCAUGGGUUCCUGGCUUUAUUGGUGAUUACAGAUACAAUGCUACAAUAACCAUUAGCCCAGGUAGUGUAGUCCAAUUGGACUCACUUGUAUAUAAUCCGCCAAGAAGUGGAUCCACUGUUUGGGAAAUUGGAAUCCCAGAUCGCUCAGCUGCAGAAUUCUAUAUCCCGGACCCUUACCCUACACUCAUGAACAAAUUGUACAAUGAACAACCCAAAGACAAGUAUAGACAAUAUGGUUUAUGGGAACACUAUGCUGAUUUAUAUCCAAACAAUGAUCUAGUCUACACCGUUGGUGUUAGUUCAUAUGAUCAAGACUGGUUCUAUGCUCAUGUUACAAGGAGCACUGGCAAUACGACUUACCAGGCAACGACAUGGCAGAUUAGGUUUAAUCUUCCAUAUGGCCCAUUCAAAGGAAAUUACACCCUCCAACUAGCCUCAGCCGCAGCCGCUAAUUCUGACCUAAAGAUUUGGAUCAACGGGCAAGGUAACGCUCCUGCACUGUUUGAAACCGGAAAAUUUGGAGGGGACAGUGCCAUAGCAAGGCACGGUAUCCAUGGACUGUACUGGUUGUUCAGCAUUGAUGUUCCCAGCGAUGUUUUAAUGAAAGGGAAUAAUACCAUCUAUUUGCAACAGUCAUUUGCCAUAAGUCCUUUUCAAGGAGUUAUGUAUGACUAUAUACGUUUAGAAAGACCACCAACUCUAAGGACCUGAUCGUGUUGAUAUGCUAA